AUGGCAGUUGUUGGGGUCAUUAGUGGCAGCAAUAGUAAUGCUGGUAGUUUGCCAGGAGUAGGUGGUCCUCGUGCUGGAAGUGGAAGUGGCUGCGGUAGCAGUUAUGGAAGUGGUAGUGGUGGUGCUUGCGGUGGAAGUGGCGGCAGUUGCAAUGGUAGAAAUAGUGUUGGUAGUUUGCCUGGAUUUAGAGGACCUCAUGCUGGCGAUGAAAGCGGUGGUGGUGUAAGUGCCAGCAGUGUUUCUGGUGUUGGAACUGGUGGAGGCAUUCAUAUUAGUGGUGGUAUUGGUGGAGGACUAAAUGGUGACAGAAUUGGGAACAGUGAAGGUAGUGGAAAAGCUAGCAGCACCUAUCUUGCUAAUGCUGGUGGUAACGCUAACGCAUUGAUUUCUCUCGAUCAUAGAGUAAAGAGAGCUCGCAUGACGCAGUUUGCCUCCAUGCCUGCUAAAAGCCAUUGGAAGCAUGAAAAAAUAACCCAAAAGAUGGCAGUGCCUAACUGCCUUUGCUUAGCCUUCUUGAUUCUAAUUCUAGGAUUUGGACUCAUUUCUGCCAAUAGGGUUCUCACUGACAAGGAUCAAGGAUCCUACAAGCCUGAUAACCUGGAGUUUGGACAAACAUGGUCAUGGGGAGGUGGUGACAAUUUUGGCAUUGGACAAGGGAGUGGGAACCUUGGUUUUGAUAUUGGCCUUGGUAAUCGUGCAGGAGGGGGAGGAGGAGUUGUUGGGAGAGGUGACAUUGGCGGUGGUAUUAGCUGGCCAAGUUUUGGGGCAGGGGGUAGAAUGGGAGGUGGUUUUAGUUGGCCUAGUGUUGGUGGUAACAGAGGCAGUGAUGGUCAUAUGGAUAGUUUGCCUGGAGUUAGUGGAUCUGGUGCUGGCAGUGGAAGUGGCAGCAGUUACAGUAAUGGUGUUGGUGGUGGAACUAACCCUGAUUUAGGAACUGGAGGUGCAAGUGGCAAUAGUGGUGGAAGUGGUGGUAUUGGAGGACUGGGUGCUGACAGUGGUGGUAGAAAUGGCGGCAGCAAUGGUAGUGGUAAUGGGGGUAUUUGUGGAGGACUUGGUGCAGGUAAUGAUGGCAGAACUGGUAAUAGUGGUGCCUUUGGCAGUGGAACUGGUCCUGCACCUAGUAACGGAAAUGGGCACAAUGAAAGAGGUGGUGGGCCUACUAUUGGUGGUGGUGGGCCUAGCAUUGGCAGUGGUGGUGGAAGUGGCAGCAAUGAUAAUACCAUCCCUGCUUUAGGAUCUAUUGGUCAGGCUCUAUAUUGCACGCCAGCAAAUUGCCCAAACAGUGGUGCUUGUGGAGGAAUUGGUCCGAAGGCCACCAAAGCAACUGACAGCCAUGAUAGCCAACAUAAUAGUAUCCAUGGAUUCACACACGUGGAUAAAAAUCAGGAUGAAAAGAAAAAUAUUCACCAACAAGAGGACAUUCUGCCAGUGGACUAA